CAUUACAUAAUUAUCAAUGUCGAAUAUAUCAAUUUCAACAACAUCAUCACCAUCAUCUUCAACUUCAUCAUCAUCAUCAUCUACAAAAUUAUUAUCAUCUGCAUCAUCAUCUGCUAUAACUUCAGCUGCAAUAUUAUCAUCUAGCAAUAAUAAUAAUUAUAGAAUAACAAAUAAUAUUACUGCAGGUGCUAAUAACAAUAAUAGUAAUAAUAAAAAUAAUCAAAAUAAUAAUGAUUAUAAUAUGAAAAACAUUACAAAAGUAAUACCAUCAAAUAGAGAUUCUUUAGAUAAUAAGAAUAUAAUAACGUCAUCGUCGUCAGUAACAACAACAGCAACAACAAAUGGUUUAAUAUCAAAUCGUACAUCAAAUUCUUAUCCUUAUACAACAAAUAAAAUUCUUCCUAUAACAAUAAAUAAUAGCAAUAAUAAAUAUAAUUGUAAUAUAAAUAAUAACAAUCAUAACAGUAAUAAUAAUAAUAAUAAUAAUAGUAAUAAUACAAGUAUUGUAACAGCAACACCAACUAUUAUUACUUCAUCAUCAAAAAUAUUAUCGCCAUCAAAUUUAUUAUCUCCAUCAUCUUCUACAUUAUCAUCAUCAUCAUCGUCAUCAUCUUCGUCAGCAUCGUCAUCAUCGGCAUCAAUAUCAGUAUCAGGAUCAUCAGCUGGUUGUAUAACAUCAUCAAUAAAUGGAAAUAUUAUUUUAAAUGGUGGCCAUUUAAAUAUUAGUAAUAAUAAUGUUAAUCAUAAAAUUACAACAAAUAAUAUAAGUAUUAAUAGUAGCAGUAAUAGUAAUAAUAAUAGUAAUAGACAGCAACAACAACAGCAGCAACAACAGCAUCAUAAUAGUUGGGAAACAUCAUCAUCAGGACAUCAAUUAGGUGUUGAACAUUUAGCUGGUGCUUUAAGUCCAUUAUGUAUAACAGAUGCAACACAUGAAAUUGUUAGACCAAAACCAAGAAGACCAUCUGGAAAUAAUUUUAGAACGUCAGCGGAUAUAUCAUCCUCACCUUACAAUUCACAUCAGAAUCCUUCAAAUGAACUAAAUUUAUCUAGUAAUACAGCAAAUAAUGGAUCUGGAGGAGGAUUUCCAGCAAUAACUAAUAAUAACAAUAAUAAUCAACAAUUACCAAUAAAUUUAGCUAAUGGAAUAGGAAUACCAUCGGGCCGUAUACAAAGUCCUGCUACAGCUACUCCAGCGCCGAGAAUAUCCAAAGAAGUUGCCUUAAAACCAGCUCAAACCGUAACUGGAAAUAUGAAUUUGAAUUGUUCAUCACCAGCAAUAAAUUUAACUUCAUCUAACUGUCACCAUGGAAAUAUUGGUGUAGAAAAUCAUCAUAACAGUUAUCAAAUGAAUCGUAGAUCAGCAAUUUUAUGCUCAACAUCAGAUCGUGAUUUUGAUUUACAUCAAAAUAAAUUAUUAAAUGGUUCGCAAAGUUUAGAUAAUGAUUUGCAUCAUGUUUCAUCAUCAAAACCUUUACCACAUCGAUCAAUAGCUGGGCCAACACGAUUAACAGUUCAAAGUAUUCCAGUUAAAUCACAGCCACCAAUGAUAAGUUCCAGUUUAUCACAACAAAAUAGCAAAUCAAUAAAUCAUCAUUCUUCAAAUCAAGCAAUUGAUAGUAUUAAAUCAAAUGGAGAAACAACCAAAAAUAUGAAUUUAGGAACCCGUACACAUCAUCAUGAUUUUCGUGCUUUGCAACGAGUUCAUGAAUGCCACAGUUCCUCAGACGAAAAUCGUUCUUCUGGUCAUGCAAGUAUGUCAGAUACCGGCGGUCAUGGUUCAUCAUCCCCAAGUGGUGGUGGUGUACUAGGACCAUUACCGGAAGAUCGUUUAGUUGGUAAUCGGUCAACUAGAUCACGUGGCAGCACUAAUCAUUCAAGAUCAAGACAUCGUGCAACACCAGCUAAAGUCCCAUGGGGUGGCGGUGGAUUAGAAGAUAUCAAGUUAGCUAUACAACAGUUAACAAUGCGUUCUCAAACAAGCACUAGUACAUAUAGCAGUCUAAGUGCUGGAAGUGAGAGUUCUGAACCAGCAAGACGAUUAGGAAGAUUUUCGUCAUUAGAAACUGUCAAUACGAAUGUUACGAGUGCGGAUGAAUUUGUGUGGGUUGAUUCACAUAAUCGAUUAGUUGAAUUACAGAAUCCUCCGUGGAGUCAACAUUGCUUAACGAGAGUUAUAAAAAUAGGAAGAUGCAGGGAAAACUCCGAAAAAAUUUCCGUCGAAGCGAUUCCUCGCUUAGGAUACCUUCUGCAACGUGCGUUGGUUCGUAUUGCUAGAGAAAUUCAGAGGCUCUCGUCAUGCUUAGGAUUGUGUUCAAAGCACGAAGUUGCAAGCGCUUUCAAAAUUGUUUUAUGCCCUGCGCUGGCAGAUAGUUGCACGAAAGCAUGUCUUAGAGCUGCUGCUAUGUUUGCCGUUACAGGUGAUAGUGCUUUAAAGCAAAGUAAAUCGUCUAGAGCAGGACUACAAUUACCUGUUGGCCGUUUUCAUAGGUGGAUGGCCGAUGCUAGACUAGGUAAAUUUAUUCAUGAAUAUGCUGCUGUAUAUCUUUGUGCUGGUUUAGAAAAUUUGUUGGAAGAAAUCCUCCUGCAAUGUCUUGCCAGUGAAUCGUCUUCUAAUUUAACUGCAUCUGCUCUUGAACAUGCCAUUGCAAGUUCUGGCGAUUUAUGGGGACUGCUACAGCCAUAUGCACAUUUAAACGCAGGUCGAAUUGCAUCCGGUGCUUUAAAAAUGCCACGGUGGGCAAGUCAAUCAUCAAUUGGUUCAGGUUCGCAAAGCCUAAACACCAACGCCAAUUUGGAGCCGUGUCUAUUGACAACUUGUGUUGGAAAUGUUAUUGAAUUGAAAGACUUAGUUACAAGAGCACAACAAAAGUUCCAGCAUACAGCGCUUUCGAACGCAGCGACGUCAACUUUGUUCUAUUUUAUGCGAUGCUCUCAAUUAGAACAUAGCGAUAUAGGAAGUACAAGUGCUAGCAAUACAAGUAUACAAGAGCUAUGCUAUGAACGUGCAUAUAUCGUUUUGCCUCCACUUGUAGAAUGGUUAAGAGUAGCUUCAGCCCAUGCGGAAUAUAGAAAUGGUAUUUUGAUUGAUCGUGACGAUAUAAUGCAGGCUGCUCGAUUACUGCUACCUGGUGUGGACUGUCCUGCAAGACCAAUAGCUCACGAUGAGGAAUUACCGUCUAAGAAAACAAUUCUCGCACACAAUACUACCAGCAUGAAUGCAAAUCCAAGUGAUGAUACGUCUGAACUUGGAAAAAGGGCGACAUUAGCUUUAGCAUUUAGAAUGAUGUUAACAGGAAGAGCUGAACUAUUGGCCCAAGCUGGAAAUUUAUUACCUCCAACUACAAGGUAUGAUACACUUAAUCAUGCCGGUAUGUCUGCUCUUAUGAUUGCUUGUGUACGAAACGAUGAAGUUGCCAUACAAGCUUUACUAGAUGCAGGAGCAGAUCCAAAUAUUGAAGUUCCAUCAGUCUCAUUUGCUGGAUGUCCUGCUAUUCAUCCGGAGACGCAGCAUUGGACUGCAGUUACAUUCGCUGCCUGUAAAGGAAAUUAUAAUGCUGUUCGAUUAUUGUUAGAGCGUGGAGCUAAAGUAGAGGGCGGAGCACGAUUAAGCGAAGAUAAAUGCACUUUGACACCAUUGCAGGUUGCCAGUGGAUCAGGUUGCGCUGAUGUAGUUGCAUUAUUGCUAUCACAUGGAGCACAUGCAUUUUUAACUACACAACAAAAAGAUUCAAUGUGUUUUGCGGGGUCUGCUCAACGGGGUUGCUAUUCAUCUAUUUCAGUUGCAGCAGCUCAUGGUCAGAGAACUUGUCUUAGAAAAUUAUUAUCACAUCCUUUAUCUCCUGGCACAAGAGAAGUAUUAUCUUUAGAGGAGAUGUUGGCAGAAGGAGACAACAGUUCAAGGCAGGCGCAAGAAAGGCAAAAUGAAGUACCACCUUCAUUGAAUAAAACUCAAGUCAAAAGUUUACAAGAAGCCAUGUACCACAGUGCCGAAAACAAUCAUUUAGAUAUUACCAUUGAGUUGAGAGCUUUAGGUGUACCAUGGACAUUACAUUGUUGGAUGCACGCAUUAGCUGCUGCACAUGAGCUUCGAUUAGAUAAUGUUAUUGAUCAAUUAUUACAAGAUUUUAUUCAAGUUUGCCCAGAUGAUUACAGUUCUCAAUUUGUUUCAGAAUGCCUGCCUCUUUUAUUCAAUAUUUUCAGAUACAGUAAAAAUGAAGGUACAACACUAUUACUGGCAGAUAUAUUUGCAACAUGUUUCGGAUGGGAGGCAAUAAAGCCUAUUAAAGAAAAUGUUGUACAGCCAGUAAAUGGGUCACGUAUCGAUCCAAAGUUUGUAAAUAACCCAGAAUUGAGUGAUGUCACAUUUAGAGUUGAAGGGAAAAUAUUUUAUGGACAUAAAAUUGUUCUUGUUACUGCGUCACCACGCUUUCAAAGUAUGUUAAGUUCUAAAUUAAGUGAAAGCAAUACCCCAACGGUUCAGAUUAACGAUAUUCGAUACAACAUUUUCCAAUUGGUCAUGCAAUAUUUAUAUAGCGGUGAUUGCAAUAACUUAGAAAUAACAAACGAUGACGUUCUUGAAUUAAUGGCAGCAUCAAGUUUCUUUCAGUUAGAAGGACUUUUGAGAUUUACGGAGGCGAGAUGUUCUGAAAUGAUUGAUAUUGAUAAUGUUGUUGCAAUGUAUAUUCAUGCAAAAGUCUACAAUGCUCCAAAAUUAAUGGAAUAUUGUCAAGGAUUUUUAUUGCAAAAUAUGGUGGCGCUAUUAACCUAUGAUGAUUCAGUAAAACGUCUAUUGUUUGCAAAACGAAUUCCAAAUCAUGAUGUUUUAAGCGGUUUAUUGUUAACACUACAAUCAAGAAUUAAAAAUCGCAAAUCAACUCCAACGUUUUUAAAUAGCCCAAUUACUGCAGGUGUAACAGGCUCUAAAAUUCAACCAAAUAAUGUUGGAAUUAGGAAAUAGAAAAUUUUUAAAGAAUAUUUUAAAAAAUAAAA